UGGAGCUGGAUAUGUGGUUACCUCUCAAAGGGAACAGAGACGGAGAAACAGUGCUGUAUUUAACAUCUGAUGACCAGUAUCACAUCGCAGCAGAGCGUCCCUCCAUAAUGACCCCCGGUAGCUGCUGCACCUCUGGUUGAAAACACAAUGAACGUCCCCAUCGCCUCCAUCCUGCGGGGCCUGGGCGGAAAAUGUGUUCUCAACUGGGCGCUGGUGUUCUUCCAAAGGGAACACAUCUGCCAAAGCUUCCUGGGAGUUUUCAGUGUGUCCCUGGCUGUUGCCGACACACUCCUGACCCUCUCCGUCACCGCCCUGCACCUCCAGGCUGAGGGACACCUGCUGGGCUUAAAGCUGACCCGGUACCAUGUGUGUCUGCUGGUUCAGAUCCUUGGAGAAGUCUACAGCGCUCUGCAGUGGCCGGUCGUAGUCCUGGCCGGUUUGGACCAUUUCUUCUCCAUCACUCGGAGGUGGCAGGCCUCCAGCAGGUUGAGCCUCUUUGUGAGCGGCCUGCUGUGGACCCUCUCUGCCCUCUACAUCUUCCUGCUGUCUGAUUUCAGGCCCGUCAUAGAGGAAGUGUUUCACAUCCAGAUCCACCAGUGCUGGGUCUUCCACACCUCUCAGAUCCUGCACAUUGCUACGUCUCUCCUCCUGACUUUGGGCUGUGCAGCGUUGCAUGCUGGAUGCCUGACAUUAAAACAUCCUCCCUUAAAAGAUCAAACUACAGACCAAAGUAGAGCUCUCUCCAGAAGAAGUUUUGUUCUCCAGACCCUGCAUAUAUUUCUGAAUACAUGGGCUCUGCUCCUGGUGAUCCUGGCCGUGCUCCUCCUGCUGCUUGUGGGAAUCCCUGCUUACCUGGGCCUGAGCGGCGUCUGGCUCUGCUUCCUCAACAGCCUCCUGAUCGCAGUGGUUUUAUGUGCAGUCUGUCCCGCCUCGAAGCUGGGGAUGGGCUGGGGGGCCGUGCCCCACGACAGCUUCUGUGAGUGGAGAUUUACAUUUAGCCUGGCUUCGGAGGACAGAGCCUGACCACACAGGUAAACACAAACAGGUCUCGUGUUGGAAGAUGUGGACUUAACUCUUGAGACCUCAAUGUGGACAUGUUUGGUCAGACCACUACUUGGCUAUAAUAAUAAUAACAAUAACAAGAUGGUAUUGUUCAGAGAAAUCCAUGAAUGAAUCCUAAAGACUUUGCUUAGCCCCUGGCUUUAAUUUAUUUUUAAUAUUAUAUGUUUUGAAUGCAUUUCAUAAACAGCUAAUAAAGUGAUUAAUUAAAGGAUUGAAUUGUUUGUUAAAAUAAGAAUUGUCCAUGUCUAUUGAAUCAGUGUGGGUGGGAUGCUGCCAUUGUUUCACAUAGUUGACCGUUAGCGUUUCGUGGCAGAAUGGGCUUCUGGAAGCUUCUACUGUAUCGGGAACUAGAAUAGAGGAGGAUUUGAGAACCUCUUCAUAUUGUCAGCUGACACAUUUUGUCACUACAAUUUUGCAAUUGUGCAAGAUGCAGUCAUGCAA